ACUUCCGGUACUGUCAUGGCGACAUGGUGGUGUGUCUGCUAAAAUAAAGAAAAAUAACCCCAUCCCUGGUCAACAUCGGAAUUUGAUCAUUAACUGGUUGCAAAUUGCAGAGGAAUCAUUAUUUAUACUGAGAAUUCAAGUGGCCCAUCGCGGCUCGCACCCGGCCGGCCAUGGCGGCGCAUAAACCCGUGGAAUGGGUUCAGGCCGUAAUUAGUAGAUUCGACGAGCAGCUUCCAGUUAAAGUGGGCCAACAGAACACUCACACCAAAGUCAGCACGGAGCACAACAAGGAAUGUCUGAUCAACAUCUCCAAGUAUAAGUUCUCACUGGUGAUCAGUGGCCUCACAAACAUACUGAAGAAUGUGAACAACAUGCGAAUAUUUGGGGAGGCUGCGGAGAAGAACCUGUAUCUCUCUCAGCUCAUCAUCCUGGACACACUGGAGAAGUGCCUUGCUGGGCAACCGAAGGACUGCAUGCGUCUGGACGAGACCAUGCUGGUGAAGCAGCUGCUGCCAGAGAUCUGUCACUUCAUCCACACGUACCGCGAGGGCCACCAGCACGCCGCCGAGCUCCGUAACUCCGCCUCCGGGGUCCUCUUCUCCCUCAGCUGCAACAACUUCAACGCUGUGUUCAGCCGCAUCUCCACCAGGUUGCAAGAGCUCACCGUGUGUACGGAGGACACAGUGGACGUCCAUGACAUUGAGCUCAUCCAGUACAUUAAUGUGGACUGUGCCAAGCUGAAGAAACUGCUCCAAGAGACUGUGUUUAAAUUCAAAGCCCUCAAGAAGCCUGCCCAGCUAAGUGUCAUCAACAGUUUAGAGAAGGCCUUCUGGAACUGGGUGGAGAACUACCCUGAUGAGUUCACCAUGCUAUACCAGAGGCCACAGACAGACAUGUCUGACUGUGCAGAGAAGCUGUUUGACCUGGUGGACAGUUUUGCUGAGAGCGCCAAGAGGAAGGCAGCCGUGUGGCCCCUGCAGAUCAUCCUCCUCAUCCUCUGUCCCAACAUCACACAGGAACUCUCCAGAGAGACCGUGGAGGACACCAAGGUCAACAAGAAACUGUUCCUGGAUAACCUGAGGAAGGCUCUGGCUGGCCAUGGGGGCAGUAAACAGCUGACUGAGAGUGCUGCCAUCGCCUGUGUCAAACUCUGCAAGGCCUCCACCUACAUCAACUGGGAGGACCACUCUGUCAUCUUCCUCCUGGUGCAGUCCAUCGUAGUGGACCUCAAGGCCCUGCUCUUCAACCCAGCCAAGCCUUUCUCCAGAGGGGCGGGAAGUCAGAACGCAGACGUGGACCUCAUGAUCGACUGCUUUGUCUCCUGUUUCCGCAUCAAUCCACAUAACAACCAUCACUUUAAGGUCUGCCUGGCAUCAUCCUCCCCUCCCACCUUUCACUUUGUCCUGGUCAACUCCCUACACAGAAUCAUCACUAAUUCUCCAUUGGACUGGUGGCCUAAGAUUGACACUGUGUACUGCUACUCAGGAGAGCUGAGGAUCAUGUUUUCUGAGACACUGGGCCACGUGAUGAGAGGCUGCAGUACACACGCUCCCCUCCGCAUGACUCCGAGUCUGACCUUCAAGGAGAAGAUGACCAGUCUGAAGUUCAAGGAGAAGACCACAGACCUGGACACUCGGAGCCUCCUGCUGGCCCUGGUCAAGCUCAUCCACGCUGACCCCAAACUCAUGCUGCAUAAUCCGGGUAAGCAGGGUCAGGAGAUCCAGAGCAGUACAGCAGAGCUGAUCACCGGUCUGGUGCAGCUGGUGCCUCUGGCCAACAUGGGAGAGUGUUCACAGGAGGCCAUGGAGGCCCUCUUGGUCCUGCAUCAACCUGAGACCAUAGAGCUGUGGAACCCAGAUGCUCCCAUUGAGACCUUCUGGGACAUCAGUUCCCAGGUCCUCUUCUUCAUCUGUAAGAAGCUGGUUGGCCACCAGAUGAUCAAUAGCACAGAGAUCCUCAAGUGGCUGAGGGAGAUCCUCAUAUGCAGGAACAAGUUCCUCCUCAGGAACAAGGAGCAGGCCAUAGUGGGCAGUGGCAUCCCCAUCUGCAGACAGGCCCAGACCAAGCUGGAGGUGUGUCUCUACAUGUUCCUGUGGAGCCCUGACAUGGAGGCCGUUCUGGUGGCCAUGUCCUGCUUCAGACACCUGUGUGAGGAGGCUGAGGUCCGCUGUGGCAUGGACGAGGUCCCGGUGCAGACCAUCCUGCCCAACUACAACACCUUCAUCGAGUUUGCCUCCGUCAGCAACAUGAUGUCCACAGGCCGCUCAGCCCUGCAGAAGAGAGUGAUGGCUCUGUUGAGGAGGAUAGAACACCCUACUGCAGGAAACAAAGAGGCAUGGGAAGACACACAUGCAAAAUGGGAGCAGGCAACGAAAUUAAUCCUCACCCAUCCCAAAACUAAGCUAGAGGAUGGCCAGGAGUGGAUCAACAUGACUGGUUUCCUGUGUGCUCUGGGAGGUGUGUGUCUGCAGCAGCGCAGUGUCCCAGGCCUGGCCACCUACAGCCCCCCCAUGGGGCCUCUCAGUGAGAGGAAGAGCUCCAUGAUCUCCAUGGGCUCCUGUGAGGGGAACACUGAGACGCCCCUGGGCCGCUUCCUGGACCGCCUGCUGUCCCUCAUGGUGUGCAGCCAUGAGAAGGGUGUUCAGAUCCGGACUAAUGUUAAGGACCUGGUGGGCCUGGAGCUCAGCCCAGCUCUCUACCCUAUGCUCUUCAACAAACUCAAGAACAGCAUCAGCCGCUUCUUCGACGCACAGGGGCCGGUCCCCAUCAAUGACACUAACACCCAGUUUGUGGAGCAGACCAUUGCCAUCAUGAAGAACCUACUGGACAACCACACUGAGGGCAGCUCAGAGCACCUGGGACAGGCCAGCAUAGAGACCAUGAUGCUCAACCUGGUCAGGUACGUGCGUAUCCUAGGCAACAUAGUGCAUGCCAUCCAGAUCAAGACCAAGCUGUGCCAGCUGGUGGAGGUGAUGAUGGAGAGACGAGACGACCUGUCCUUCUGCCAGGAGAUGAAGUUCAGGAAUAAGAUGGUGGAGUACCUGACAGACUGGGUGAUGGGCACCUCAAACCAGGCGGCUGAUGAUGACGUCAAGUGUCUUACCAGGGACCUGGACCAGGCCAGUAUGGAGGCGGUGGUGUCCCUGCUAGCUGGCCUGCCCCUCCAGCCUGAGGAGGGAGACGGAGUGGAACUGAUGGAGGCCAAGUCCCAGCUCUUCCUCAAGUACUUCACCCUGUUCAUGAACCUGCUGAAUGACUGCAGUGAGGUGGAGGAUGAUGGGCAGCAGGUGGCAGGGAGGAAGAGGGGCAUGUCUCGACGCCUGGCCUCCCUCCGACACUGCACCGUCCUGGCCAUGUCCAACCUCCUCAACGCUAACGUGGACAGUGGCCUCAUGCAUUCCAUCGGUCUGGGCUACCAUAAGGACCUGCAGACGCGGGCCACCUUCAUGGAGGUGCUGACUAAGAUCCUGCAGCAGGGGACAGAGUUUGACACGCUGGCAGAGACGGUGCUGGCUGACCGCUUCGAGAGGCUGGUGGAGCUGGUCACCAUGAUGGGAGACCAGGGAGAGCUGCCUAUUGCCAUGGCACUGGCCAACGUAGUGCCCUGCUCCCAGUGGGAUGAGCUGGCGCGGGUGCUGGUGACUCUGUUUGACUCGCGCCACCUCCUGUACCAGUUGCUGUGGAACAUGUUUUCCAAGGAGGUGGAGCUGGCGGACUCCAUGCAGACUCUGUUCCGAGGAAACAGUCUGGCCAGCAAGAUCAUGACCUUCUGCUUUAAGGUGUACGGGGCCACGUACCUGCAGAAGCUUCUAGAACCUCUCCUCAGAGGGGUCAUCACCGGCCCAGAGUGGCAGCUCAUCAGCUUCGAGGUGGACCCCACCAGGCUGGAGCAGAGUGAGAUCCUGGAGGAGAACCAGAGGAACCUGCUGCAGAUCACCAACCGCUUCUUCCUGGCCAUCAUCAACUCCUCCACAGAGUUCCCCCCUCAGCUGCGCAGUGUCUGUCACUGCCUGUUCCAGGCAACUUGCCACUCUCUACUGAAUAAAGCCACAGUUAAAGAGAAAAAGGAAAGCAAAAAAGCAGUGGUCAGCCAGCGUUUCCCCCAGAACAGCAUAGGGGCGGUGGGUAGUGCCAUGUUCCUACGUUUCAUCAACCCUGCCAUAGUGUCGCCCUACGAGGCGGGCAUCCUGGAUAAGAAACCUCCUCCCAGGAUAGAGAGGGGAUUGAAGCUCAUGUCCAAGAUCCUGCAGAGCAUUGCCAACCAUGUUUUAUUCACCAAAGAGGAGCACAUGAGGCCUUUUAAUGACUUUGUCAAAAGCAACUUUGAUGCAGCUAGAAGGUUUUUCCUGGACAUUGCAUCAGACUGCCCUGCCAGUGACUCAGUCAACCACAGCCUGUCCUUCAUUAGUGAUGGCAACGUUCUGGCCCUGCACCGGCUGCUGUGGAACAACCAGGAGAAGAUAGGACAGUACCUCUCCAGCAACAGGGAUCACAAGGCAGUGGGGAGACGGCCGUUUGACAAGAUGGCUACCCUCCUGGCCUACCUGGGGCCCCCAGAGCACAAACCUGUGGCUGACACCCACUGGUCCAGCCUCAACCUCACCAGCUCCAAGUUUGAAGAAUUUAUGACCAGACACCAGGUACAUGAGAAAGAGGAGUUCAAAGCCCUGAAGACCCUCAACAUCUUCUACCAGGCUGGCACCUCCAAGAACGGCAACCCUGUCUUCUACUACAUCACACGCAGAUUCAAGACGGGCCAGAUCAACGGUGACCUUCUCAUCUACCACGUGCUGCUGACCUUGAAGCCCUACUAUGCCAAGCCCUAUGAGAUUGUGGUGGACCUGACCCACGCCGGACCCAGCAACCGCUUCAAGACCGACUUCCUGUCCAAGUGGUUUGUGGUGUUCCCGGGCUUUGCCUACGAGAAUGUGGCGGCCAUCUACAUCUACAACUGCAACACGUGGGUGAGGGAGUACACCAAGUACCACGAGAGGCUGCUGACGGGCCUGAAGGGGAGCAAGAAGCUGCUGUUCAUUGACUCCCCAGCGCGGCUUGCGGAACACGUGGAGCCUGACCAGCAAAAGCUCCCUGCGGCCACGCUAGCCCUGGAGGAAGACCUCAAGGUGUUCCACAACGCCCUCAAACUGGCCCACAAGGACACCAAGGUCUCCAUCAAGGUGGGCUCCACGGCGGUCCAGGUGACGUCUGCAGAGCGUACCCGGGUCCUGGGUCAGUCGGUCUUCCUCAACGACAUCUACUAUGCCUCAGAGAUAGAGGAGAUCUGCCUGGUGGACGAGAACCAGUUCACGCUGACCAUUGCCAACCAGGGCACGCCGCUCACGUUCAUGCACCAGGAGUGUGAGGCCAUCGUCCAGUCCAUCAUCCACAUCAGGACGCGCUGGGAGCUGUCCCAGCCUGACUCCAUCCCCCAACACACCAAGAUCAGGCCCAAAGAUGUGCCGGGCACCCUGCUCAACAUCGCCCUGCUCAACCUGGGCAGCUCUGACCCCAGCCUCAGAUCGGCGGCCUACAACCUGCUCUGUGCCUUAACCUGCACCUUCAACCUGAAGAUAGAAGGCCAGCUGCUGGAGACAUCAGGCCUGUGUAUCCCUGCAAACAACACCCUCUUCAUAGUGUCCAUCAGCAAGACACUGGCCGCCAACGAACCACACCUCACCCUGGAGUUCCUGGAAGAGUGUAUCUCUGGCUUCAGCAAAUCUAGUAUUGAGUUGAAGCACCUGUGUCUGGAGUACAUGACCCCCUGGCUACUCAACCUGGUGAGAUUCUGUAAGCACAACGACGACGCCAAGCGCCAGCGCGUCACCGCCAUCCUGGACAAGCUCAUCACCAUGACCAUCAAUGAGAAGCAGAUGUACCCCUCUAUCCAGGCUAAGAUCUGGGGUAGUCUGGGACAGAUAACGGACCUGCUGGACGUGGUGCUGGACAGCUUCAUCAAGACCAGCGCUACAGGAGGCCUGGGAUCCAUCAAGGCUGAGGUCAUGGCCGACACAGCUGUGGCGCUGGCCUCAGGGAAUGUCAAGCUGGUGUCCAGCAAGGUGAUAAUCCGCAUGUGUAAGAUCAUCGAUAAGACGUGUCUGUCUCCCACACCCACCCUGGAGCAACACCUGAUGUGGGAUGAUAUCGCCAUCCUGGCCCGCUACAUGCUCAUGCUGUCCUUCAACAACUCUCUGGACGUGGCCACUCACCUGCCCUACCUGUUCCACGUGGUCACUCUGCUGGUGGCCACCGGCCCCCUGUCCCUCCGCGCCUCCACACACGGCCUGGUCAUCAACAUAAUCCACUCCCUCUGUACCUGCUCCCAGCUCAACUUCAGUGAGGAGACCAAGCAGGUCCUAAGGCUGAGCCUGACAGAGUUCUCCCUGCCUAAGUUCUACCUGCUGUUUGGCAUCAGUAAGGUCAAGUCUGCUGCGGUCAUCGCCUUCCGCUCCAGCUACCGCGAUCGCUCCUUCUCCCCCGGGUCAUACGAGAGGGAGACCUUUGCCCUGUCCUCCCUGGAGACAGUCACAGAGGCCCUGCUGGAGAUCAUGGAGGCCUGUAUGAGGGAUAUCCCUGGCUGUAAGUGGCUGGACCAGUGGACAGAGCUGGCUCAGAGGUUUGCCUUCCAGUACAACCCGUCCCUGCAGCCCAGAGCCCUGGUGGUGUUUGGCUGCAUCAGUAAGAGGGUGACCCACGGCCAGAUCAAACAGAUCAUCAGGAUUCUCAGCAAGGCCAGCCCCCUGCUCAGCAUAGACCGGGGUCUGGAGAGCUGUCUAAAGGGACCUGAUAACUACAACAGCCAGGUGUUGAUAGAAGCCACAGUAAUCGCUCUCACCAAGCUACAGCCUCUCCUCAACAAGGACUCCCCCAUGCACAAGGCUCUGUUCUGGGUGGCCGUGGCUGUGCUCCAGCUGGACGAGGUCAACCUCUACUCUGCCGGCACCGCCCUGCUGGAGCAGAACCUCCACACUCUGGACAGCCUCAGGGUAUUCAACGACAAGAGUCCAGAGGAGGUGUUUAUGGAGAUCAGGAAGCCUCUGGAGUGGCACUGUAAACAGAUGGACCACUUUGUGGGCCUCAACUUCAAUUCCAACUUCAACUUUGCACUAGUGGGUCACCUGUUGAAAGGGUACAGACACCCCUCCCCCAACACAGUGGCGCGGACCAUCCGGAUUCUCCACACACUGCUGGCCCUGGUGGGAAAACACCUCAACUGUGACAAGUUUGAGGUGAACACCCAGAGUGUGGCCUACCUGGCAGCUCUCCUCACUGUUUCGGAGGAGGUCCGCAGCCGCUGCAGCCUCAAGCACAGGAAGUCCCUGCUCCUCUCGGAAGUUACCAUGGAGAAUGUUCCCAUGGACACGUACUCUGUGCACCACAGCGACCCCUGCUGCAGGACUCUUCGGGAGAGUCAGCCGUGGACGUCCCCCAAGGUGUCGGAACGCUACCUAGUGGCUCACUACUCCUCGGUGGGGCAGAUCAGCCCCCGCACACGCAAGUCCAUGAGCCUGGACAUGGGCCAGCCUUCCCAGGCAAACACUAAGAAACUGCUGGGCACUAGGAAGAGUUUUGAUCACUUGAUAUCAGACAACAAAGCACCAAAGAGGCCAGAUAUGGAGUCUGGCAUCACUACGCCUCCAAAGAUGAGGAGGGUGGCGGAGAACGAUUAUGAAAUAGAAUCCACCCAAAGAAUCUCCCAUCACACCCUGAGGAAGGUGUCUGUGUCAGAGUCCAAUGUGCUGCUGGAUGAAGAGGUCCUCACAGACCCCAAGAUCCAGGCUCUGCUGCUCACGGUCCUGGCUACGUUGGUGAAGAAUACAACAGAUGAUUUUGACCAGAGAAUCCUCUACGAGUUUUUAGCUGAAGCUAGUGUUGUCUUCCCUAGGGUAUUUCCAGUUGUUCACAACCUGCUGGACUCGAAGAUCAACACCCUCUUAUCACUGUGCCAGGACCCUAACCUCCUAAACCCCAUCCAUGGCAUCGUGCAGAGUGUGGUGUACCACGAGGAGUCACCCCCCCAGUACCAGCCCUCCUACCUGCAGAGCUUUGGGUUUAAUGGUCUAUGGAGAUUCGCUGGGCCCUUCUCAAAGCAAACCCAGAUCCCGGACUACGCUGAGCUGAUAGUGAAGUUUCUGGAUGCAUUGAUUGACACGUAUCUGCCAGGGAUCGACGAGGAGACGAGCGAGGAGUGUCUGCGUACGCCCACGUCGCCCUACCCCCCGCCCGUCCAGAGCCAGCUCAGCAUCACAGCCAACCUCAACCUCUCCAACUCCAUGACCUCACUGGCCACUUCCCAGCACUCCCCAGGCAUCGACAAGGAGAAUGUGGAACUCUCUCCGACCACGGGUCACAGCAACAGCGGGCGCACGCGCCACGGCUCUGCCAGCCAGGUGCAGAAGCAGCGCAGUGCAGGCAGUUUCAAACGGCCCAGCAUCAAGAAGAUCGUAUGAGAGAGGCCCACCACUAGGGCCCCUUACUGGGGUCGCCCACGCCAGUCAUCAUGCUGCACUUUUACUCCAACUCUCUCUUUCUAUCUCUUGUUCUAUCGAUCUCUCUCAGCCUUGAUUCUCCUUUUUGUUUUUUUGUUUUUUUACCCUAACCUGUCCAGUCAGCCAUAAUUUGCUUGACGAUCAAGAACUCUCUGAAUAUGAUGCAUUGUUUUGCAGUUUUGUUUAUGAAACAGUCAAUGUAUGAGAUGUCAUGGAGAAGAGUCUGGCGGUUUUUAUGUUUUGUCUUUUUGUGUCACAUACUGAACUACAUUGGAAUCCUUUUUUUAAAACAGCAUAAGUUGAAAGAAAGCACUGACAUUGACAACACAGCAGUAAAAGUAGGGAUCAUAGUAUCUGAAGCCAUUUUGUUGUCUGACUUCUUUGUCUUGUUUUAAUUUUGUUUCAUAAUGAUAAGGUAUUACGAGAAGACCAUUUCUGAGAUUUGCACAAUUUUCUGUAAUUCAACAUGCUUGUACGUUUGUUUGUUUUUUGCCUUUUCUAAGUGUUGUUAGUAGGACAUUGAUAGAGCUUUGCCAAUGGGGCUGAACUAGAUCAAAGGACAUGCUGCAGAUACCUCUCAUUGGGACACAUGGCGAUGAAGAGGCAUUGGACCUUGGGACCCAGCGUUGAGGAAAGGGAUCCCUCUCACCCACCAGAGAGACACUGCAGAGGGAGAGCACUACCCUGAAACACACACCAUACUGGAGGAAAUCGCUGAAUGCCCUAAACCCUCAUGUAGUAGCAACAUCUGUGAAAAGCAUGACCAACAACAGACAUUAGUGGUUUACUAUGCUGUCGAGGUGGGGGCUGGACUAUCAAUUGGCCCUGUUUGAGCUGUGUCAGGGACAAUCUAAUGAUGGCCAAGCCAUGUGUCUUUAUUGAUUAGUGAUUGUCAAAGCUGUGGGGAUUCCUCUGUUAGGCAGUAUUUUUAUUCCCACAUGAGUGUCAGAGAGGGUGAACUAGGCGGCAGGUUGACGUUUUAUUGUCAUUAGUCUUGUCCUGGAAGCAGAACUGAGCGAUUUCCCCUUAGAUAGGCUAGCUGUAAAGUCAAAAUUGGAUAUAUUGUAAAGAUUAAUGAAAACAAAAAUGUGCUUUUUGGUCUUAAUUUAAGGUUGGGGUUAGCCAUUAGGGUUAGCACUGUGUUUAAGGUUAGGGUUAGGUUCUAUGAUUUUGUGGCUGUGCAAGCUAGUGACCACUGCAGAGCUGCCUCCAGAACAAUUUUCGUGAUGAAAAAAACGCUGGAGGACAGCAGCCCUGCAGGUUUCAGAACUUUAGAUUUUAAUCAGCACCCUAUUCACGUUUUACAACACUAUAGUGAGGGAAAAAAGUAUUUGAUUCCCUGCUGAUUAUGUACGUUU